UCAGCAACUUAUAGCGGGUCUGUGGGACUGAGGUGGGCAUUCUGGCACUGGGGGGAACUGACUUGGUGUCACUGACAUCCCCAGUUACACCAAUACAGUGAUCAGUGCUAAUAAAAAGCACUGACACUGUACUAAUGGAACUGGGCAGGAAGGAGUUAACAUCUGUGGUGUUCAAAGGGUUAACUGUGUGCUGUUUUACUGUAUGUGCUUUGUAUGGCCCCCUACCCGGAAAUGCAAAAUUGCAUAGUACACCACCCAGCGAUCGCCGUGUAGAACUGAAAGGGGAAAGACCUGUGUGUAAACAACACAGGUCUCUCUCCUGCCAGCAG